UUGUUGUGGUCAGUUGUGGUUUUUGUCAAAAAAUUAUAAAAUUGUUUUGCGGGUCUUUAUUACAAUUUAAGCAAGUUAUUUGCAUUUAAAAAACGUGAAUUUACUUAGCAAUAGCAGAAAGAUGUCAAGUGCGGCGGCAAAAAAGCGCUUCAGGGCUCUGAGAGAGCUGGGUGUGGAGCCGAUUUUGGCUUCAACACUGGCGGUGAAGAGCUUCGCUGAGCUUAAGCAGAUGGGGUACAAGUUCUCCUCGCAACCUGAAUCUGGGCGCAAACCGGUAAAACGGGUUCGCUCGGAGGAGGAAUCGCCAAAGGGACAUAUUAGCAAAGUCCCAAAGGUGAGUGAGACUUUAAACUCAACCACCGUAGCCUUCAGCGAGGCCGUACGCUUAAUCCGGGUCGGCAUAAAAGACUCCAAGUCCCUGAUGACUAAUACACAACUGGAGUCGCUACGCAAUACCAUCCUGCAAAGCAUUGCCAAAUCCGGAAGGGGCGAAGGGCCUAAAUUCGUGGGCUGCUCCUUUAUGCCAGGCUGGCUCCUCAUCACGUGUGAGGACGAGCGCUCAAAAACCUGGCUUGACAAUAUAAUCCCCUGCCUCAAACCGUGGCCGGAAGCAAGACUUGUUCUCUUGAACGAGUCUGAAACCCAAAAACCUAAUGUGAUUGUGGGGGUAUACAUUCCAAUCUCUGAGGCCAGCAGCGCAACACGGGCCUUAGAUCUCUUCGGUGCUCAGAAUGAGGGUCUGAACACCGAGCACUGGAAAGUCCUUAACACAAAGGUUGACAAGGGAGGUCUAACUCUGACCGUAUCCCUAGACGACCACUCAUUUGAGGCCCUAAAGAUGACGGACCUAAAGGCCAACAUUGGCUUCAGAAAGGUCCAGUUCAGAAUUAAGGGCCCCAUACAGGAUUCCAAGCCCUCCGCUGAACCCCCGACCACCACCUCUACCCCCGUACCCAUAUCCAUAACCACCCCGCCUGAGGGUACCGUGCAGGUCUGCAUAGGACCACAACGGGUCAACCCUCCCUCCACCCCCUCCUCACUCCCAAACAGGGGAAGGGGAACGCGGUUUUCCCCCUACAGGGGGACCACAAGGGGCGCUCAUCCGCCCAGAGGAACCCGGCAGCACAGGGGACCGUACCGAGGGCGGCGGGGCACACAAGGGCGCCGCGGCUCCCAAGCACAAUAGUUCCCACGCCCAAAGGUGAUGGCGGUACUACAGGCCAACCCACACCACGCUAUCGCCGCCUCUGCGGUCAUAGAAAACAUCUUCAGCGAAGGUGGCCUGGACAUCGCCCUUAAGAACCAUGGAUAAACGCCGACUCCAUGGUAGCCGGUCUGAACAACGCCGAACUUUGCAGCGAAGAUACUAAGAUACUACGUAGAAGUCAAAGGGCCGAACAGGUCCAAAGUACUCGUCUGCUCGGCAUAUCUUCCUGGAGAUAAGCAAGAUCCCACUGAAGAACUGACUAACGUCCUGGAAUACUCUAGAAGACAAAAGUCGGAACUGAUAGUGGGAUGCGAUGCUAACGCCUACCAUACCGUCUUGGGAAGCUCGAAUGUACUGGGAAAUACCAACAAAGUAACGCUUACAUGGGUACUAGGACAUUCGAAUAUAGAAGGAAACGAAGUAGCAGAUGAACUCGCCAGAGAUGGAGCCAAUAACCCUCAAAUCGGCGUAGAACCGUUCUGUGGCAUUACCAAACAACGAGCCACCAAGCUACUAACCGCCCUCUGCAAACAAGAGGCUAUUGAGUGGUGGAAGUCUACAUCGGGACAAAAACACUCAAAAGCACUCAUUCAGGGAUAAAGUAACUAAGGAACUCUUAAAGUUCAAAAGAUACAAAGCUUGUGCAGUGACUAGAUACUAACCAGCCACUGCAAAUUAACAAACACAAAUCAAACAUGAACAUGACCGAAGAAACUCUGUGAAGAUUCUGCCAUACAGAAGAAGAAACGGGCAUGCAUGUUCUUUGCUCAUGCGGCCCGCUUAUGAGCAAAAGAAGCAUCCAUCUUGGGCGACACAUCAUACACCCGGAUGAGAUAGCAGAUAUCACGCUCCAAAGAAUCUGGAAAUUUAUAGACUCAACGGGACUAAACAGUGAACUCUAAAGACAAGGGCUGCCACAAUAGAUCAAACCUGGUCGAGCUGGCGCAAAUGAAGGCCCAAAAACCAAUAAUAAUAAUAAUAGUACUCAUAGCGCCUACACCAAUUUAAACUUUAUCUUAUUUCAUACAUGAAAUUAUUAUAUUUUUUUCGCAUAAACUUACAGCAUAAAAAAGUUUAUAAAAUAAUGUUAAAAACAGAAAUUAAAAGUGAAUACGAUACUGCUAUGCAGCCCCAGUGCCGUGCGUGUCUUAGUUUAAGUAGAAAAUUAAUUCCAAUAGGAGAAUACAGUCGUAUUUACUACAAAUUACUAUUAGAAAAACAAUAUGAGUCUAUUCUGCCCUCUGAAGACAUACAGCUAUGUUGGGAAUGCAUCGCCCAACUGAGGAAACUUACACGAUUCCAGCGUCAGGUCCAAAAGGCAAACGAUAUGAUUCAAACGCGCCAGAAUUUCAUGUUCGGCACCCUUUCAAAUCUAACAACAGUCAUCAUGAACGAUACAUACCCUAAUAUCAUCUAUGUAAACAAUACUAACAUAGAAAAUGAUGUAGAUAAUGAAAAUAUCAAUCAUAAAGACGAAUGUGAUAGUGUUAAUAAUGAUAAUGAUGCAUUUAAUGACGAUAAUGAUUCGUUUUUUAAAGAUAAUGAUAGUAAAGUUGACAUCAAAGUUGAUAAUACAGUUUUAAAUGAUACUGUGAACGAGAAAAAAGAAGUAAAUAUUGAUAAACAGAAAGAAAUUAAAAUAAAAGUUAAAUACAGAAAUAAAUGGGCAGAAAAGAGAGCUCGCCUAAAUAAGAAACCUAAAUUUAAAGUUCUUACAUGCAAAGAACUGACGGUCGAUAAGUAUUUUAGAAGAGAACAGAUAGAUGUAGAGACUUGCAUGAAAGAAAGAGACGGUGAUGGUUUUGUAAAGGGUAUGUGUGGAAAAUGUGGAAUAACAUUGAAAGGUGAGGGUAUGCUGUUGAAACAUACAUGCCAUAAAAAGACUACAGGAACAUACAUCUGCGACGUAUGCAAUAGACGAUUAUCACAAAAAUCCCAAUUCCUACGUCAUAUAAGAAGACAUUUCUUCAAAUACCACUGCAAGCUUUGUAAGUUCAGUUGUAAGAUUAAGAAAGAAGGAAUGAAACAUUUGGUCAACGAUCAUAGAAAAGUGUAUCAAUGUUUGAAGUGCGAGUUAGCGUUUGCGAGCAGACAAGAAUUCUCCCAGCACUACAAGGAGUGGCACGAAAAGUUUGUGUGCGACCACUGUGGAGUCAGCUUCAAGAUGAGAUACUGCAUCAAGGAUCAUAUCAGGAAACAGCACUCGCCAUUCGAGUGCGUGCCCUGCAAUAAGAGGUUCGCUCGCUACAACGGACUGUGGUUCCACAAUAAGGUGUGCCAUCCUCCGCCCAGCGACGGCCCACCGCUGGGCGCGUACUGCGUGGAAUGCGACAAGCGGUUCCCAGACGUAUACAGGUACAAGUGGCACCUACAGAACAGCGUCAAACACACGCCCAAGAAGAAAAUACGGGUGCCAUGUCCAGAUUGCAGCAAGGUAUUCUCAAAGAACAUAUACAUGAAGGAUCACUACAACCUUGUUCAUCUGAAGAACUUUAAGUACAGAUGCGAAGAGUGUGACAAGAAUUUCGUCCGUAACGCUGACCUGGUGAAACACCGGCGGAAGAUACACGAGGGUAUUCUACCACCGAAGAAUAAGAUAUGCUACGUUUGUGGGAGAGGGUUUACGACCAACGAGAUACUAAGCCACCACCUCCGAACUCACUCGGGCGAGCGGCCGCAUCAGUGCACAGCCUGUCCUGCGGCCUUUGCACAGCGCGCCGCUCUGCGCGCUCACAAGCGUACGCCGCACCCUGCCACGCGCAAAUGAACUAUCUUAACGCAAUAAUCAUACGGUACAAUAUACACAUAGCUUACAGUCUAAGAAUAAAGUCAGUAAAACACUUGAAUCUUUCCUUUCUUUAGGCUUUUAUAAGUCAGGACAGGAUCUCUUUUAUUUAAUAUCGGUUCGAAGGACCGAAUUAGUUUUUUCUAGUAACUGUCACAGAUUGACUCGAAUAUAAUAGUCAUUAAACACUUGAGCUCUU